GUGACUUCGGCGAAUGGCGGCAAGGUGCUUGUUUUUCCACUGGACGGAAGCCACUGGGUGAACAUGAAAGUCAUUAUUGAGGGACUGCACUCUAGAGGCCACCAGGUUGAUGUUGUGCGGACAGACGACAGCUGGUACAUAAAGGAAAAGUCCCCAAUCUACACCUCCAUCACGCUUGACAUAGAGUCAGGCUUCAGUAAAGAUUUUAUUGUGACAUUCGUGGAGCAGCUGCUGCAAAUCCAGCAAGAAGGGAAGUCUGCCUGGAAUCGUUUUAUACUGGAAAUGGAGCAAAGAGAAAAAUUCUCACAGAUACACGAAAAAACGAGCAAAUUGCUAGAGUGGCUUUUUGAGAAUAAAACCCUGGUGGAGUCUCUACAGAGUGCGAAGUACGAUCUCAUUCUGACAGACCCUGGAGUGCCGGUUGGUGCCAUUCUCGCCCGUUUCUUGAAGCUGCCUCUCGUUUUCAACGUGAGAUGGACUAGCCAGGGUGAAGGCCAUUUUGCAAUUGCACCAUCCCCUUUAUCAUACGUGCCCAUGACAGGAACAGAACUUUCGGAUGAUAUGACCUUCUUUCAAAGAGUGCUGAACGUUUUGGUGUUUAUCUUUGGCAAACAUCAUAUGUCAAAGUAUAUACAACCACAUUAUGAAAGCAUUAUCAAAAAGUAUUUAGGUCCUGAAGAAGACUACAAUGUACUGUUUCAAGCAGCAGAUCUGUGGCUCAUGAGAGUGGACUUUGUCUUUGAGUUUCCUCGACCAACAAUGCCCAACAUCAUCUAUAUGGGAGGCUUCCAGUGUAAACCAGCCAAGCCGCUGCCGGAUCACCUGGAACAAUUCGUCCAGAGUUCUGGAGAGCACGGAGUCAUCAUCAUGUCUCUGGGGACUAUAAUCGGGGAACUUCCUAUCGACUUAGCAGACCAGAUAGCAGCUGCUUUUGCUAAGCUCCCCCAGAAGGUCAUCUGGAGGUAUAAAGGUGCUAAACCCUCAACUCUGUGCAACAACACUCUCUUGUUGGACUGGAUGCCACAGAAUGACUUGCUGGGACAUCCCAAGGUAAAGCUCUUUGUGGCUCACGGCGGAACAAAUGGUGUUCAGGAAGCGAUUUACCAUGGCGUUCCAAUCCUCGGGCUACCGCUCAUUUUCGAUCAACGGGAUAACCUGCUCAGGAUUGGAGUGAGGGGAGCAGGAAAAGUCAUCGAUAUAUUUUCCAUGGAUCAAGAUAAAUUCUUCCAGGCCGUUCAGGAAGUUCUAACUAAUCCUUCCUAUAAGGACAAGAUGCAGCAGUUGUCCUGGCUCCACAGAGAUCAGCCAAUCCCGCCACUCGACAAUGCUCUCUUCUGGAUCGAGUUUGUCAUGAGGCACAAGGGUGCCGCUCACUUGAGGACUGAGUCGUAUAAAAUGCCGUGGUAUAUCUACUAUUCUGUGGAUGUCCUCCUUUGCUUAGCUUCUGUGAUGCUGCUUAUCCUCAGCGUUUUUGUCACCUGUAUUGGCCAUCUGUGCUCCAAAAUGUGUGUUACAAGAAAACGUAAAAAUGAAUAA